AUGUUGGGAAUUGUUCAAGUGCUUGAACAAAUCCGUUCGGCCGCUCCAGAAGGUUCUGGUUCUGCAUUAGAUGAUCAUAUUGAUCUUUUUGAAAUGAUGAGACAAGAAGAUGAACAAGAAAUGCAAAGUACCACCACUUUUGAUUCUGGCUCCGCUUCUCCAAUUGAUUUUGAAAAUCCUUCAGUAAUGGCAGAAGUAUUAACUCAAAGAUUGGAUCACACUUUAGCUUUGCCUCAUUUUAUUUCUCUCCUUCAACAUUUAUUGAUGGUACCCACGGAUGAGAGACAUCUUCCUUUGUGGCGAUGUUUUGAUCUUUUAUUACAGCAAUUAACAUUGAAAAGUGCAAUGAAUGGUUUGGACCCGUUAAGGGUUGAUCCUCAAUUAUCAGAACAACAACAAUUUAGCAAAAAAUUAGAUUGGGAUGAACUUCUUGGAAGAUUAAGAACUGAAGCAGAAUGUGAAAAACUUGAACGAAAAUUACAAGAAACAGAGGAGGAAUUGGUAAAAGAAAGAAAGAGGAUUUUGGAAUUAGAAAAUUGUUUGAGUGAUUUACAGGACUCUGCUUCCCUUGUCUCUUUUUCUAGAGUUUCUGAACAUUCUUCAGCUUCAAUUUCCUCUUCAUAUUCUUCAUCACCUUCCGAUCCCUUCCAUUCAUCAAAUAAUAAUAUAUCUAAUAUUUUUGGAAACAAUUCCAAUCAGCAAUUACCUCCUAUUCGGCCUCCAGUAGGUCAAGCCCCUCCACCCCCUCCUCCAUCUGCUCGACAACUUCGAUCGGGAAAUGAAACUUUAAUUAUUUCUUCAAAUAAAUCAAUUCCAAAGAAAAAAGUUCCAAUUCCUCUAUGUCCAGUCAAAACUUUAAAUUGGACACCAAUUCCAAAAGAUAAAUUGAAAGGAACAAUUUGGGAGAAUUUAGACGAAAAAAAUAUUUAUAAUCAAAUAGAUAUUGAAGCUUUAAGUGAACAAUUUGCUGCGGGGAAAUCGGGAACAGAUGAACAACAACAAUCUAUUGAUGGAAAUUCUUUUACUUUACACAGAAGUUUAGCUCUUCGACAGGCUAAUCAAAUUACUGUUAUUGACUCUAGAAGGGCACAAAAUUGUACAAUAAUGUUAGCAAGACUAAAAAUGUCUCAUAGAGAUAUUCGACAUACACUUCUUGGUAUGGAUGAAAGAUGUAAACUUUCUCGUGAUAUUUUGGAGCAAAUGUUAAAAUUUGUGCCUUUAAAAGAAGAAUUAAAUAAAAUGAAAGAAACUUUAACUAAAAAAAGAAAGCAACAUCAAUCCUUGGCUUUAGCCGAUCGUUUUCUUUGGGAAAUGGGACAAGUACCUAGAUAUGAACAAAGACUUAAAUGUUUGUGUACUAUUAGAUCGUUCCAAGAUCGUUGUUCUGAAAUUAGGCCUGGAAUUUUAGGUUUUACAAUUUCUUCAAUAGACCAAAUCCCUUCUGUUCGGUCUACAAUUCGUCCCGAUAGAAAUUUACUUCAUUUUCUGGUUGAAACAAUUGAACAUAACUGGCCUGAUUUAUUUAAUUUAAAACGAGAAAUGAAUUCGGUUUUGGAGGCUUCUAAAGUUGAUAGACAACAAAUUGAAAAAGAAUUAUUUCAAUUAGAAAAGGCAAUAUUUGAAUUAAAUGAAGAAUUAAAUUAUUAUCAAAAGAAAUUUGAGGAAUCUAAUAAUUUAGAAGAGGGAAAAGAAGAAGAAGAAAAAAUUGUAGUAGAAAUACCAGAAGAACCAUUUCCUCAACAAAAAGGAGGGGGAGGGGAAGGGGAAGGAGGGAAAUCAAUUCAACGUUCAAAACAACCUGAUAGAUUUGUGGCUGUUGUAAAAACUUUUUUGGAAGAAGCUAAAAAGCAAAUGACUCAGCUUAGGGAAGAAUUGACUGAAAUGAGACAAAAGUUAUCAGAUUGUGUUCAUCUUUUUGGUGUUUCUUCUAUUGACUCAAAACGUCCAAAUUCAGAAAUUAUUCUGCCUCACUCCGAUCAAUUCUUUGGGCCAUUUGCUCGUUGUUUUAGUGGAUUAGCUGAUUGUCACCGAACAGUUAGGACUGAAAGGGAGGAAAUUGAGGCUAAAAAAAGACAAUUUCAAUUAAAAACUUUGUUUAAUCAACGAAGAAGUGAGGGAGAGGGGGGGGGGAUUUUAAAUUUAAAUUUAUUUUCUUUUUUAGAAGAAAGUGGAAGAAUUAAUCGUGAUUCUUCUCAUUUAUCUGUUGCUAGAGUAUAUAAAAAUGGGGGAAAAGUGGGGAAAGCAGAUCGGGAUUUUGAGGCUAUUGUGAAUAUGUUACAAACGGGGGAAUUAUUUUCUGAAGAAUUAAGUCGAUUAAGAACUUCUGUCAGAAUUAAAGGGCCAAAAACAACAACAACAAUUGUAACUAUCUCCAAAUAAUUAAAAGGAAAAUAAUUAAAAACAAUUAAAAGCUCAAUAAUUUAUUUUUAGUUCCCUUUCCCGACAUUUUUUUUGAUUAAUUUAAUUUAAAUUUUAAUUGAUAAUUUCAGAAAAUUUAAUAUUAAAAAAUGUCGGUUACCUAAUUACUCAUUUCUCUCUAAUAUUUUUUCUCAAAUUUUCUAAAUUUAUUUCUAUUGCCCAGUUUAUUUUAUUCACUAACAAAAAAAACAUUUAAAGCUUUAAAUUACAAAAAUUAUAUACUUAAAUUGCCUUCCCUCCCAAUUACCUAUUUAAUA